CCUCAACCCACACUCUUAAACUUCAUUUUAUGAGUAUUGCAUCCUAACUAGAAACAUGCAUUCCAAUUAGGACCUUAUAACAGUAGUGACUAAAAUAGAUGUAAUUUAACUAAGCUAUAAUGGUAGAAUGUGUGUGUGUGUGUGUGUGUGUGUUUAUAAGAUAAGUCAUGGUAAUUUUCUUUAAACUCGAUGAUAUGUUGUUGUUGAGGUUUAGCAAUAGAUUAGCCUAUUAAUUUUAUGCAUAUUUCAUAAUCAACAUUUAAGAUUAAUUUUCAUGUAUUGCAAAGUUUGUACAACAAUGAUUUAUUCAUACUUAUGAAAUCAUUUCGUAACUAAUUUCUUUAGAUUUAGUUGAGAUACAUUUUCAAGUGUUGUUUAUUAUUGCCUAAUUCUGAAUUAUUUGGGAACUUGGGAGAAAAGUGCUACAUUUUUACGGAUGGCUCCAAGAAGAGAUAAAAAGCAGAUGGAUGAAAAGGAAGGAAAACAGAAGAUUACUUCACCAAAAAGGUUAAGAGGCCCAACUUUAAAACCUGAAAUUGCUAAAAAGAGAAGUGAAGGACUGAAAAUUGACAUUCAAUAUAAUGAUGAUGGUGAGGGAGUGGGUGAGGGAUAUGUACAGCUUGUAUCAUACAUGGGUGUGUUAGCACGAACCAUGGUGCCAGUUUAUCAUACUGAUUGGAGAGUAGUGCCUAUGGAAUUGAAGGAGAAAUUAUGGGAUUGCGUUAAGGUAUAUAGAAAUCUAUUGAAAUUAUUUUUCUAUAUUUUGUGUAGACUGACAUGAUUAUUAAAUAAUCAAUAUCUUCUUAUAAAGUAUGUAGUAAUCUAAUGAAAUUAUUUUCCUUUAUUUUGUGUAAAUAAUCAAGAUCUUAUAUUUUAGGGUGCAUUCUUGGUUGAUGAGAAUAGCAAAAACAACGUCAUAUCAUCCAUUGAGACUAGCUUUAGGUCAUUCAGGCACAGAUUGACAAAAGAGUAUAUCCUGCCUUAUAAGGAUAAGCCCGAGUAUCUUUUGCAGCCACCAACUGAAUAUAAUUACAUUCCAAUUGAAGACUGGAGAAAGUUAGUAGCUAAUAGGUUGUCAAAAGAGUUUCAAGUUAAAUCAAAAAAAGGAAAAGAAAGGAGGGCAAAAUACGUUUAUAUUCAUCGAGUGAGUAGGAAAGGAUAUGCAGGACUUCAAGAAGAAUUGAUGCAAAAGACAGGUUCGAGGAAACCUAUUGAUAGAUGGGUCUUGUGGAAGCUAGCAAGAUUGAAAAAAGGUGAAUAUGAUGAAGUUACGAGGCCUGUAGUGGAAAAGAUUGAUGAGUUGACAAAGGCUGUUGAGGAAGGGAAGAUCACAUGUGUUGGCCAAAAGGAUAUCCUCACUUUAGCAUUGGGUACAUUAGAGCAUCCUGGACGGGUUAGAGGAAAAGGUGGAAAAAAAAAGCCCAAACAAUUCUUCAACACACCAAAACCCACAAAAACUCUUGAAGAGGAGGAAUGUCAAAGGAUGUUAAUGGAGAAAGUCAAGAGCUUGGAAGAGGAGAUCAUUGCUUUGAAAGCUGGAAAAAAAGAACCCCUCACACCCCGCUCUAAAGUGAGCAGCACAAACAUAAGGAAACAAUUGUUGCAACAUGAAGAAAUAGGAGGGAAGACUCAUGAUAGUGCUCAUGUGGAGAACCUAUCAGCACAAGGGACUCGAAAAGCUUCUCCACUAACUCAGGUUUAUAAAUGCAAAUUAGCUCUUGAAACUGAAGAUAACAUCGUUGCAUAUGGAACUUAUUUACGAGAUUCACAGAUUUCCAUUGAUGGUGCUGAUAUAUUAGUGGUCAUCCUUUACCCUCUUCAACCUAAUGCACUUCUUCCAUUCCCACUUUCUGAAAACAUUAGGACAAUAAGGGAGGGUGUUGGAUAUGAGGUUUUGUGGCCUAUUGCAUUUGUGAUAAAUGAUGAUGAUGAGGAUGUUGGCAAGAGGAAGAAUAAAAUGAAGAAGAUACAAGCAUCCCCAAAGAAAAUCAAAUAUGAGAAUCCUAGAGAUGUACAACUAUUUUCUAAAACAAUUUCAGCAAUGUUGGAGGGUAAACCGGCACCCAAAGUUGACUUUCCAAUCAAUGUUUUUGGGAUGAAAUUUCAAACUUUCCUCUUGACAAGUGAAAUGAAUGAUGUAAUUUCUGCAAAAGAGUUGACUAUGAAUUGCAUAUGUUUCUAUAUUUGGUGA